AUGACCCAUCGGUCUUCCAAAACCCAUCAACCCAAGACGACGACCAUCUCACGAAGACUUAGGGACCGUGCCGACCAGAACUUAUCUGUUCAGCCACCAGAAAUUCCACAAAUAAGAGGAGCUCGCUCCCACCGUGCCGCAGACUUGCCAACGCCCCGCCACAAUUCCAUUGAUUAUCAGACGCCCGGGUCGCACCCACUUCCACUAGCCUGGAAUACUUCACACGUUCUCGAAGACAUCCCACCUAACUACACCUUCCAUUUAUUGGAAUCUGACCACGACCCGUCUCCCAAUCCUUCUUUUGCGCAAGCAUUAGAUUUCUCGCAUCACGAGUCCCUUCAAGGUUCCAACUCCGAACUCGAGUCAAGUGUCAACCUUCGAGCGGCGCACAUUUCACACGACCAGCCCACACGAGCACCCGCUCUUGUCUCAUCGCCAGUAUCUUCCAUUUCUGGUAGCAACGACCUCGAGCUACAGUUGUCGGCAGACCUCGAGCAGCCGAACAGAUCGUCUCUAGAAUUGCAAGAUAUGAGCACCUUGGGCUUCAUGAUGCCAUCUUCGCAGUACGGUAUGGGUCAUUACGGCUCUCCACAGACCUCUUACUCAUCAGGCUAUCCACCGCUGCAAUCUUACGCGGAGCCAAGGUCUUCAAACUCAAAUCCAUACAGCUCAUCUUAUGCUUCAAGUCCAGUGCACAACGAAAGUCAGCAAAGAAGACCUGAUCAACACCCUAUUUUGCCACCAUACCAGCCCCAGCACCCAUCACUUCCACGGAGUCCGUACCAGCAGCAACAGUCUACCGAUCUUUUGCGAGGCCAUGCAUCUCCUAUGGCUCCUUCGGCACAUUCUUACACGUAUUCAGCGCCCCAUAAUAGCGUCCCGGCUCAGUCACUGGGUAGUAACACAUACUCAUCUUCACAACCGUACCCAGCAACUACUUAUGGUUCCAACGAGUAUCACCCUCUACCAACGAUGUACCCACCAACGACCACGACACCUGCCGUGUAUCCUUCGUACGAGUCUUCGCAGAGUGCUCCACCACCCAGUGGCUCAGUACCUGCACUGUCUUCAUCACCGAGCACGCAAGUGUUGGGAGCACGGGUGCAAUGGACGGCAGUUCUCUACAUUCAGUAA